AUAUCCACCAUGAGAAGGUGUGUGGUGACCUGCUGGAUAGCAGUUCUGUUUAUCCUCCUGCUGAUUGAUGAUUCCUUGUCCGGAAGGUCCAGCAGCAGCAGCAGCAGCAGCAGCAAGUCCAGAGGCGGCAGCAGGCCCAGCGGCGGCAGCAGGCCCAGUGGCGGCAGCAGGCCCAGUGGUGGCAAUCAGCCCAGCGGCGGCAGCAGGCCCAGCGGCGGCAGCAGGCCCAGUGGUGGCAAUCAGCCCAGUGGUGGCAGCAGGCCCAGUGGCGGCAGCGAGCCCAGUGGUGGUAGCAAGCCUAGUGGUGGCAGCAGGCCUGGUUCCUCCUUCCCCAGCAAACCUGGUUCUAACCAGCCUGAUUCCUCCCCAAUCAAGCCUGAUUCUGCCCCCAUCAAACCAGGCUCCUCUCCAGUCAAACCUGGCUCCCCUGCAGGAAACCCUGUAGAUCCCCCAUACAAUCCUGCUUACCCACAAAAUCCUGCUCACCCCCCACAAAACCCCAGCUUUCCACAAAACCCUGCUCACCACCCUCAAAACCCCCCACAAAACCCUGCUUAUCCUCCCCAAAACCCAGCUUAUCCUCCCCAGCACUACCCACAAAACCCUGCAUAUCCCCCUCAAAACCCUGGCUACCCACAAAAUCCUGCUCACCCCCCACAAAACCCAGCAUAUCCCCCUCAACACUACCCACAAAACCCUGCAUAUCCCCCUCAAAACCCUGGCUACCCACAAAAUCCUGCCUACCCCCCACAAAAUCCCAACUUUCCACAAAACCCUGCUCACCCCCCACCAUAUCCUGGUCAACCUCCACAAAACCCUGGUCACCCCCCACCAUAUCCUGGUCAACCUCCACAAAACCCUGGUCACCCCCCACCAUAUCCUGGUCAACCUCCACAAAACCCUGGUCACCCCCCACCAUAUCCUGGUCAACCUCCACAAAACCCUGGUCACCCCCCACCAUAUCCUGGUCAACCUCCACAAAACCCUGGUCAUCCCCCAGCAUACCCUGGUCAACCCCAACCAUACCCUGGUCACCCUCCACCGUACCCUGGUCAUCCCCCGCAAUAUCCUGUUCAGCCACCACAACGCCCUGGUUAUCCCAUAAAUCCUGUCUAUCCCAGCCAUACAGGAGGAGACAGCUGGAACCGUUAUGGCAGUAAGCCAUGGAAACCCAAGAAACCCAAGAUGAAAUAUGUGGCGGGAGCAGCUGCAGUAGGAGCUAUGGGUGGCUUCCUCUUAGGCAAUGCCAUGUCUAACAUGCGUUUUCGUUUUCACAACUCUGCUGAGGAACGGUGGUGGUAUGAAAACCGAAAUCGUUAUCCCGAUCAAGUUUAUUACCGACAGUACAAUGAGCCUGUUGUGAGGGAUGUGUUUGUGAGAGACUGCAUCAAUAUCACAGUGCGAGAGUAUAUUGAGCCCACUGAAAACCAAACAGCAGAUGAGAUGGAAACUACAGUUGUGACUCGAGUGGUACAUGAGAUGUGUACUGAGCAGUACCGCUUGGUGUCCAGUGCUUCAGAUGGAGGUAGUUGGAGUCGUUACAAUACUGAACCUUGGAAACCCAAGACACCCAAGCACAAAGUGCCGCAAGUGGCAAAGGAAACGGUUACAGUUGCCCCAGGAGCUGUUGUUGGUCCCCUCUUAGGCAGUCCUAUGUCAAAUAUGAGUUUUCAGUUUAACAGCACUGAAGAGGAACGGUGGUGGUAUGAGAAUCGCAAUAAUUAUUCAGACCGAGUUUACUAUCUGGAGUACAGCCAACCCGUGUCGCAGGAUGUCUUUGUGGGAGACUGCAUGAACAUUACAUUGGAGAAGUUUCUUGAGCCCACCAGGAAUCAAACAGUCGACGAAAUAGAGGAGAGGGUCAUAAAACAAGUGGUCCACAAAAUGUGUAUAGAACAGUACUGGUUGGUGUUGGGCAUCGCUGGAGGAGGUUCCUGGAGCCAUCAUGAUAGCGAGCCAUGGAAAUCUAAGACAGCCAAACCCCAGAUGCACUAUGUGGAAGAGGAAGCUGCUCCAUACGCUACCGCUGCAGCUAUCGGCAGUAACCGCUUCGAAAGUGCCGCAUCUUACCCCGGCUUUAACAAGGCUGACCAGGGAAAAUUCAAUUCAGGCAUUACUAUGUUUCUGGUCAACCCUUCCCUGCUUUGGAUCAACACAUUUGCCUUCUGUUUCCUGACACAAUGAGGUCACACAGAUGAAGCCUCUCUGUUGUUGUCCAUCUAGCUGAUGUUCAAAAAAAUGAGAUCUGUCAUAUACAAUUACAUACUGUAAUAUUAUGUAAUGGGUUGCCUUGUUCCUGUAUUGCUAUGUAAUGCAAACUUUUUGUGUGUGGAGAACAUAUUGCUUAUGCACCUUUCUGGUGGCACAGAUUAUAUCUGUUGAAUUUUAGAGAACAUACAAGCUGCCAUGGUUACUCACUCCUUUUUUAGGGCUGUCUGAUUCUGUAUUUCACACAACACAAAGAAGCUUGCUAGUGGUGGUGUGCACCAAAAUAUUUGGGGGGAUUUUUUGAAUUUUAGAUAUAUUGGACCCCAAAACAUUUGAGAUUAUAAAAAAACCCACCCACCCCUGAAUUCCUAUACUAGUAUAAUAUUCAGAUUCAGGUUUGUUUUGUUUUUUUUUUAAUUCCCAGAGGGGUUUUUUUUCGCUCCACUAUAGCCUAUGGGACCAUUAUAGUCAAUGGGGAAUCUAUCUGGAGGUAUGCAGGGGCUAUGGCUUUUUUUUUUUUUGGUAAAGGAACCAAAAUUUCAACAUAGUUUCUGGUACCAAGACUCACCAAGUUUCAAAAAGAGUGGACCAGGGGUCCAAUUCUAUGGGCCCCCAAAGAAGGUGCCCUCAUCUUUCAUUGUUUCCAAGUGUUGUUGGGGAAGCAAAAAACCCACAAGGAUUGAUAUCAAACCAGAGAGUCUCCUCCAUUUGCUUGGCACUCUGUACGUGCAUUGUCUGUGCUAAGCUUGCAGCCUCUUCUUGCUUGGGCAUUUGUUGAGAUGACAUUUCCACAGUGGCUCUGGUUCUGCAAAAAUACAUCCACUUCAGUUUCUAUUGCAGAGACUCUCAGGUCUGACAUCAGUUCCUGCUUUUCCUCCCCCCCUCCAUUGGAGAUAAUGGAGAAUGGGGGCAUCUUCUUCAGGGGCACAAAGAAUUGGACCAGAAGUUAUGCUGAAAAUUUAGUGCACCUACCUAAAAAAACAGCCCCCAAAGACCCCUGCAUACCCCCAGAUAGAUUCUCCAUUAUAGUUUAUGGGGAUCGUAGACUAUAAUGGCCCCAGGCUAUAAUGGAGCCAAAGGAAUUUAAAUGUAUUGUUGUCCCUUUUAGUGCUUUUGUGAAGCUGCAGCUUCACCUGGAAUUGCAUUUUAAGGGAGUUCAUUCUCUUUAAAUGCUGUUUAACUGCUGCUAUGCUGUUUUCCCAGAUAAUCACGAAUUUGGGGAGGAUUACCUGGGAAAGGCUAUGCUUGAUAGCCGAAAAUAUCCCUCCUCUAUGUCUGGUGUAAAUAAUAGCUGAUAAAUACCAAUAAGGUAUUUUCUGGCUAUUUUUUUUCCAGCUCAGAUAGAGCCAAAUACCACCUCCCUACUUGCUAGGGAAGAGGCCAUUCAUUCUUUUAUCAAGGGGGAAAAAUUCCUCCUUAUCCUGCCCUCAACUCAGGAACCAAUAUACAUGUUUUCUCGUUAAACUUGCAGGUUGAAUAACAGGAGAAUAAAUGCUGAUCCCUCCAAUAAAGUUCAUUGUCCAGUACAUGGAGUGCAGUGCAAAUAAAAAAUACCAACAUUA